AUAAUGUUAAGAUGAAAAUUAUGUGGCAGAAACACACGUACUUCACAAAUUAAGAUCACUCAAUUUUGGCUAUGCUAUUUUGUAUUUAUGUUCUGUAUAUGUUAUGUAUAAAAUAACAAAGCACAAAUACAGUGUGCCCAGAUAUGAAUGGAUCACACUGUUUGCUGCCCAGGGAACUGGAAUCAAUUGUAAGGAGUUGCCUUUGAAAAUUUCCUCUGUCAAGGCAGUCUGUAAUGCACCUGUGCUCUUGAAGCCUGUACCCAGGCAGGGAACAGGCACUUUGCCUCCUUGUGAAGUGCUGUGGUGAGCAGCCUGAGUUUCUGGCUACUCCCCUUGCUGGCUGAGUGACAGUCCCACUAGUAUAAAAAGGCCCCUUGGGGCAGGCUGUGCUGGGUGUAGCUGAUAGAGCAGCAGCAGAAAGGCUUGUUCUGGGGACUGCAACUAGAAAACCUGUGUGAGGUUGCAGCCACCAAGAGGUCUAAGCUACACAAAAUGCGUGAAAUCGUGCAUCUUCAGAUUGGGCAGUGUGGGAACCAAAUUGGAGCUAAGUUCUGGGAGGUGUUAGGUGAUGAACAUGGAAUUGACAUCGCUGGAAACUACCGUGGGGAUUCACCACUGCAGCUGGAGCGGAUUAACGUGUACUUCAAUGAGGCUUACUCCCAUAAAUAUGUGCCCCGUUCUAUCUUGGUGGACCUGGAGCCUGGGACGAUGGACAGUGUGCGGUCUAGCAAAAUAGGCCUGCUCUUUCGGCCUGACAAUUUCAUUCAUGGUAAUUCAGGUGCUGGAAACAACUGGGCUAAGGGCCAUUACACAGAGGGGGCUGAACUGAUUGAAAAUGUCAUGGAUGUGGUCAGGAAUGAGUGUGAGAGCUGUGACUGCCUUCAGGGAUUCCAGCUCAUCCAUUCUCUUGGUGGUGGUACAGGCUCAGGUAUGGGCACACUCCUCAUCAACAAAAUCAGAGAGGAAUAUCCCGACAGGAUCAUGAACACUUUCAGUGUUGUGCCUUCACCCAAAGUGUCUGACACAGUCGUCGAGCCGUAUAAUGCCAUCCUCUCCAUCCAUCAGCUCAUAGAGAAUACAGAUGAAACCUUUUGCAUUGACAAUGAAGCUCUAUACGAUAUAUGUUUUAGAACUUUAAAGCUCACCAAUCCCACCUAUGGUGACCUCAACCACUUAGUGUCCCUAACAAUGAGCGGUGUCACAACCUCGCUCCGUUUUCCUGGCCAGCUGAACGCAGACCUGAGGAAGCUGGCUGUCAACAUGGUGCCCUUUCCUCGCCUGCAUUUCUUUAUGCCAGGCUUUGCUCCACUGACAGCUCGAGGCAGCCAACAGUACAGAGCCCUCUCAGUGCCAGAGCUCACCCAACAAAUGUUUGAUGCACGCAACAUGAUGGCAGCCUGCGACCCUCGGCGUGGACGUUACUUGACCGUGGCCUGUAUCUUCAGAGGCAGAAUGUCUACUAGAGAAGUGGAUGAGCAGUUGCUGUCUGUCCAGACUAAGAAUAGUUCCUACUUUGUGGAGUGGAUCCCUAACAAUGUCAAAGUGGCUGUGUGUGACAUACCACCACGAGGGCUGAAGAUGGCAGCUACCUUUAUUGGCAAUAACACAGCCAUUCAGGAGCUCUUCAUCAGGGUUUCUGAGCAGUUCUCAGCUAUGUUCAGAAGAAAAGCAUUUCUCCAUUGGUAUACUGGUGAAGGAAUGGAUGAGAUGGAAUUUUCUGAAGCAGAAGGUAACACCAAUGACCUCGUGUCUGAGUACCAGCAGUACCAGGAUGCUACUGCCGACGUGGAGGAAUAUGAAGAGGUAGAAGUGGAAGCCAGCCCAGAAAAGGAAGCAGUGUAAAAACGAUGGCAAUACCAAAACAUUCUCUGAAUAAGCCUCAACACACACUGAAGAAAAAGCAGUAGCCAUCAGCUGCAUAUCAAAAAUAACACGUUUCUUUAGAAUUUUUUCUCUGCCUCUGGCCAAAAUAUACCCAGCAUUACAAUACAGUGCUUUUGAAAUUACAGGCAGCCAUGCUUUACUCUCCAAAGAACUGCUGAUACUGAAUCACUCCCAAAAAAAGUCACUACGAAGACAAGUUGUAUCUUAACAGCCUUUCUUGUAAAUAUAUUCACUUCUAGAAUAUUGUCACCAGACACUGAAUGAAAUAUACAGCCUCCAUGUGUAUUUCAGGAUCAUACUCAACAGGUAUGCUAGCAACUCAUCCCAUGUAUUUAUUCUCAGGUAAACACAGUCUGAGUUUUGUUUGUGACCUUGCUACUGCUUCAGGAACACAUGCACAUCUGGGAGGCCUAGAAAAGCAGCAUCUAUUUUAUUACACACUCCACAGACUGAUGUAGAUCUGCAGACAGGUUCAGUUCAUAAAGUUGCAGGAGGGAAACAACACGGGGCAAAGACUGAAAAGUGCACAUUCUUCUUUUUUUUUUUAGAAGUACAUUAGUAGUUUUAUCACAUUGCUGGCUUAUAUUAUUGCAGAGCUUCUAUUCAUUAUUAUUGAGUGGUUUGUUUCUGUGUCCAACUAUAUUAGCAUCCAAAGUUGCAAACACUGUGUAUAAGUUUUGGUGUGGUUCUUUCCCCCAUGUACUAUUUUAAAUUUUCUUCCUGUCACUUGGUAGAGUAAAAUGGAUGGAAUGGUUUGCAGAUGGAUAGUUAGAUGUAAGUUCAACAGCAAUCACUAAAUCAAAAACAUAUCUUCAAAACAAAUUGUUUGCCAUUCACAGCCAUCUACUUAAGACUGUAUUUAUGUUCUUUAAAAUAAAAAUAACACUCUAGCAAAUACUUUAAUACUUGAAA